AUGGACCGAAUCCAGCAGGGCUUACACAAACGAACAACAUUAGCUAAGAGAAAAGUUCAGAGGAUCUCCAAGGAGGAUGUGAAGAGAUGCAUGAAGGACAAUGGAUUUGUGCUGUUCACUGUGGUGGCUGUGGUCAUUGGUGUCAUCCUUGGUUUCUGCCUCAGGAAAUAUCAGAUGAAUUUUCGGCAGAUUAAAUACUUUUCCUUCCCCGGAGAGAUCCUAAUGCGUAUGUUACAGAUGCUUGUGAUGCCCCUCAUCAUUUCCAGCUUGGUCACAGGUAUGGCUGCCCUGGACAGCAAGGCCUCUGGUAAAAUGGGUAUUCGAGCAGUGAUUUACUACACAACCACAACUAUCCUGGCUGUAAUAACAGGCAUCAUUAUGGUGUUGAUCAUCCAUCCUGGAGCAGGAGGCAAGGAAAAGAUGCACCGGGAGGGGAAGGUUGAAGAAGUGCAUUCAGCCGAUGCAUUCAUGGAUUUAGCCAGGAACAUGUUCCCCCCAAACUUGGUGGAGGCUUGCUUUAAACAGUUCAAAACCAACUAUGGCGUGAGAAAGGUAAAGCCAAUCAUUGCACAGAAUGGAAGUGUCGGCUCAGAAUCGGCGGUGAGCAACUUUUCACAGGCUAAGAAUCUGCUGCUGGAGGUAACAGAAGAGAUGAUUCCAAUCUCAGGCUCUGUGAAUGCAGUCAAUGCCCUGGGGCUCGUCGUUUUCUCCAUGAGUUUUGGUCUUGUGAUUGGAAACAUGAAACAAGAUGGAGCGAUCCUUCGUGAUUUCUUCGACUGUCUGAAUGAAGCCAUUAUGCAGUUGGUGUCCGUUAUCAUGUGGUAUGCUCCAAUCGGUCUACUGUUUCUUAUUGCGGGCAAGAUUAUGGAGAUGGAGGAUAUGACUGUGGUGGGCGGACAGCUGGGAAUGUAUACAAUUACUGUCAUCGUGGGGCUGCUCUUCCAUGCUCUUAUCGUCCUACCUCUCCUCUAUUUCUUCAUCACACGCAAGAAUCCCUUUGCUUUCAUGGGUGGAUUGUUACAGGCUCUGGUUACUGCUCUCGGCACCUCCUCCAGCUCAGCCACUUUACCGAUCACAUUUCGAUGCCUGGAGGACAAAAUUGGGCUGGAUAAACGAAUCACCAGAUUUGUGCUGCCUGUGGGCGCGACAAUUAACAUGGAUGGCACUGCACUGUACGAAGCACUCGCUGCUAUCUUCAUCGCACAAGUUAACAACUUUGAACUCAACUUUGGACAAAUCAUCACCAUCAGCAUCACUGCCACAGCCGCUAGUAUCGGUGCUGCUGGCAUCCCACAGGCAGGCUUGGUUACCAUGGUGAUCGUACUGACAUCAGUUGGGCUUCCAACAGACGACAUCACUCUGAUCAUUGCGGUGGAUUGGUUCCUAGAUCGACUGCGCACCACAACCAAUGUAUUGGGAGACUCACUGGGAGCUGGCAUUGUACAGCACCUCUCACGUCAUGAGCUUCAGAAAAUGGAUGCCGAGGGUUGCAACUCUGGCAUUGAGGAAAACGAGAUGAAGAAACCCUACCAACUUAUCUGCCAGGACAAUGACAAUGAGAAGCCCAUGGACAGUGAGACUAAGAUGUAG